AUGGUUAGAAAAUUGAAGUUAGAAAGAAGAAGGCAGCCAAAUCCCUAUCGGAUUGCUUGGUUGCAGAAGGACCAUAAGGCUUUGGUCAAUGAACAAUGUUUGGUAAAGUUCAAGAUUGGAAACUAUCAUGACGAUGGAUUAUGUGAUAUUAUGCCUAUGGAUGUUUGUCACAUGUUGUUAGGGAGACCAUGGCUAUUUGAUUGUCAUGCGGUACAUGAUGGGUAUGCAAAUACCUAUUCUUUGACAAAAGAUGGAGUUCAACAUAGGCUGAAGCAAUUGAAGGAGACAGAGGAAAAGGUAUGCAGUAAUGCAAGAAUAUGUUUAGUUGAUGGAAGAAAAUUUCUAGAUGGAAUGAAGCAUGAGCAUCUAUGUUUUGUUUUAAUUCCUAAAGCUAACAAAGAAGAAGUAGAAGAUAUACCUGUGGCAAUUGCAGAUUUGUUGGAUGAGUUUCAGGAUAUUGUAUCUGAUGAUGUACCUAACAGCUUACCACCAGUGAGAAAGAUUAUUCAUUAA